UAUUUUUUUUGGAAUCGCUCUUCAGAGUUCUCUUCAACGAUAAUUAUACAAUAAUACAAACCUCGUGAAAAACCCUCCUCCUCCUCCUCCAUAAGGACCAUAAGAGUAGUCAUCACACGAUCAUUGUAAAGAUUGAAGCUCACAUUUCCUUUCAAUCUAGCUAGCUAACUAAGCUAAUAAGCUGUCUCAGCUCGAAUUCGAUCUCCUUCGCCCUUCCUUACAUGUCUCCUGUUUCGUUGCUGUUCCUUGUCUUUCUAUUCACCUGCAUAGCAACGUCAUCUCCCUCGCCUCUUUAUCCUGGAUCUCGAUCAAUUCUCCGUGCCAUCACCGGAAACACCGCCGAUCCACCUGAUUUUGUAGUCGAUCUAAAUAUUACCAAUUUCGCUUCGGCUCUCAAGGACACUCCGGCAACGCACGCCGUUGUCGAGUUCUUCGCUAACUGGUGUCCUGCUUGUAGAAAUUAUAAGCCUCAGUAUGAAAAGGUAGCAAGACUUUUUAAUGGAGCAGAUGCUAUUCAUCCCGGGAUCAUAUAUAUGACAAGGGUAGACUGUGCGCUGAAGGCAAAUAUUGAUCUUUGCAACAGAUUCUCUAUUAGUCACUACCCCAUGCUCUUUUGGGGCCCUCCUUCUAAGUUUGUAUCUGGUGGUAGUUGGGAACCGAAACAAGACAAGAAUGAAAUUCAACAAAUUGAUGAUGGCCGAACAGCUGAUCGCUUACUUGCUUGGAUUAAUAAGAAAAUUGGCAGCUCGUUUAGUUUGGAUGAUGAGAAAUUUGAGAAUGAGCAUCUUCAUUCCAAUGUUUCAGAUCCCGGACAGAUAGCACGUGCAGUUUACGACGUUGAAGAGGCAACAAACACUGCUUUUGAUAUAAUAAUGGAGCACAACAUGAUCAAAUCAGAGACUCGUGCAUCACUUGUAAAAUUCCUUCAAGUUCUUGUGGCUCAUCAUCCAUCUAGGAGAUGUAGGAAGGGAAGUGCAGAGAUACUUGUGAACUUUGAUGACAUAUUGCCAUCUGAUAUAUUGUCUGCCAAACUAGAAUCAGGCACCAAUUUUGGGAAAUACGCUUUUAAGUCUUUCAAUAUAUGUGGAAAGGAAGUCCCACGCGGAUAUUGGAUGUUUUGUCGUGGCAGCAAGAAUGAUACAAGGGGCUUCAGCUGUGGAUUAUGGGUUCUAUUACACUCCCUUUCUGUGAGGGUUGACGACGAAGAAAGUCACUUGACAUUUACUGCCAUAUGUGAUUUUAUUCACAAUUUCUUCAUCUGUGAUGAGUGUCGUCAACAUUUUUUUGAAAUGUGCUCCAGUGUUUCUACUCCGUUCAAAAAGACACGUGAUUUUGCCAUUUGGCUGUGGAGAACACAUAAUAAAGUCAACGAGAGACUGAUGGAAGUAGAAGAGUCUAUGGGAACCGGUGAUCCUAAAUUCCCCAAAAGUCAAUGGCCUCAAAAGCAGCUUUGCCCAUCAUGCUAUCUUUCUCAUUCUGAAAGUGGGAACAAAAUUGUGGAAUGGAAUGAGGAUGAAGUCUUCAUCUUUUUGGUAAAAUAUUAUGGCAAGAUGCUUGUAUCUUUGUCAAAGAGUAAAGAGCUGCCAUUGGAAGAAGAGAGGAGAGGGAGCGGGCUUGCUGAUGAAUUGGCAGUCUCGACAAGUGCGGUUGUUGUUCCCUUAGGGGCUGCUUUGGCCAUUGCAUUGGCCAGUUGUGCAUUUGGAGCCCUCGCUUGCUUCUGGCGCCAACAUCAGAAGAAUCGGAAGUACUUACAUCACUCUUUAAAGAACAUAUAAUUAUCUAUAGGGCCGAGGAGAAGCUGGAGCUGAGAGAUCCUAUUACUUGAGAGUUCACACUGAAAGAUAAUUUUUCUGGGAUCUAUUUAAUAUAGAGGAGGAAGAAGCAGUUGUUGUUCAGUCAGAAGUCGGGACACUUUUAGAUACCAAACAGACAGACUUCAGUGUUAACUAAUCAUUUGAAAUCUCGUUGUGAAGAAGAUUGUAAAGUGUUUUUUUUUUAUUAACAUAUAGUUAUGGAAAUGUUACAUUUGGGUUGUUGCCAUGUC